AUGACUGAAACAUUCGUACGACACUCCUUAUAUGAGCACAACCUUCUCCAGUCAAAUCCGAGAAAAUGCAGCGCCACUCAGGUGUUUGUCAAAGACGGCUGGACAUACUGUAUCGAUACCUGCAAUGAAAAAACGAUGUGCGGUGAAGUCGAAGUACCAGAAGAUCAUCUGGACGCUUGUAGGACGUGCAAUUCUACAGGUCAGAACUGCAGGAUUGUGGAAGGUUCGAAAAGAGGCAAAGGCAUUCCAGAUUUCGACUUCGUUUUCUAUGUUUCCGCUAUGCAGACCGAGAGGUGCAAUAAAUCGCUGACUGUCGCAUAUGCCGCCCACUGUCAACAAGAAUCCGCUUUGGAUAGACCGAUCGCAGGACACGCAAAUUUGUGUCCGAACAGCAUCACCACAAAACGUCAAGAAUUGGAAAUACUUCUGUCGACAGUCAAACACGAAAUUCUUCACGCUCUUGGGUUUUCAGUGAGCUUAUACGCAUUUUAUCGUGAUCACAAAGGAAGUCCGCUAACCGAAAGAAGUCUGGAAACUGGCAAGCCGCAUUUAAAUGAAAC